AUGAGCGCCAUCAACGUGACGCAGGUUCAAGUGUUGAACAACCCCCAGAUGUUCAUGACCCCACUCCAGUUCGAGAUCCAGUACGAGUGCCUCCAGCCCUUGGCGAACGACCUCGAGUGGAAGCUGACGUACGUCGGCAGCGCCGAGAGCGACGCGCACGACCAGGUCCUGGACACCGUCCUCGUCGGCCCCGUCGCCGUGGGUUCGUACAAAUUCGUGUUCCAGGCGGAUCCGCCAGACGUCAGCCGCAUCCCCCAGAGCGACAUCCUCGGCGUGACCGUGCUGCUUUUAACGUGCAGCUACAACGACGUGGAGUUCAUCCGCGUGGGAUACUACGUCAACAACGACUACCACGACCAGUUCGAGGAGCUCCGCGAGAACCCCCCCGCGACGGUCCAGAUCGACAAGGUUGUCAGGAACAUCCUGGAGGAGAAACCGCGGGUCACCCGGUUCCCGUGCGAGUUCGACACCCCGUCCAUUCCCACCGCGAGCGGGAUGGAGGGCGAGGCGGGCGGGGCGAUGAUGGGCGAGGAUAUGGAGAACGUUCAGCCGGGAUACGGCUACGACGCGGACGCCGCGGCUAAGAUGGGGUACGAUCAGCAGCAGGGGUACGCCGACCAGCAGCAGGGCUUCGGGUUCGCCGCCGGUCACGGGCCCACCGAGGUGCAGUACUGAGCCGGGCUGGGAAGAGGGAAUCACGGCGGGGUUCGAGAGAGCGUGUUGUUUUGCUGCUAAUCUUAGGGGUCCUCGACGCGUUCGACGAUGUUAAAGAAUCAUAUUGAGAA